AUUUUCCCUUUUUUUCAACUCAUAGUUGUCCAUCUGAAACCCUUUUCCUUGCUAGGGUUUCAGAUUCCAACCAUCACCAUGCUAGAUUCGGGGAACUUAGCACCGUCUCCGCCUCUCUCGGCACCAUGCUCCGUUACGGAUGCUGCCCCCGCUGCCCCCAAUGCCGCCUCUGGUUCUUCUGACAAUGGCUCCUCUGCCUAUGCUAGGGUUUUAAAGAGGACUCGGGGUUCUCUCCGUAAAACAGACAAACACAAGAGUUUGUGGGAUCGCCUUACAGAUCCUCAAUCUCUUCCUUUUCUCGUUGCUGCUUCGAAGAUGGUUGAAUGUUGUUUCUGCCACCAUGCUUUGUGUCCUGAGGAUGAGCUGUUGUGUUCUGUUCGUGGAUGUGCUGCUCGCUAUCAUAAAGAAUGUGCUAAACAAGCUGUUGGGGUUUCAAAUCUCAAGAAAUUCAAGUGUCCGCAACAUGUGUGCUUCAUUUGCAAGCAAAAGUUGAAUUUGUUGCGGUGUGUCCGUUGCACGGUGGCUUUCCAUACUAAAUGUGCACCAUGGCCAGAAGCCGUGAUCCGUCUGGAAGAUCAUCCUGGGCAAGCUGUUUGUUGGAGACAUUCUGAUUGGCGCCUGGACAAAAAGGAGCAGCCUGAUACUUCAACAAGUGACAUUUCGGAAGUAUUUUGUCGUUUGCCUCUUCCUUUUGCUAACGAGGAAUUCAAGAUUGACUUCACUUGGAAAGACAUGGACAAUAAGAUGGAGCCACCACCAUACACACACAUAAGGCGCAACAUGUACCUAGUGAAGAAAAAGCGUAGUGAUGUUGAUGAUGAUGUUGGGUGCACCAACUGCAGUUCUACUUGCUCUAAUGAUUGUGUAUGCAGGGUUCAAUGCAUAAGCUGCUCAAAGGCUUGUCGGUGCUCUGAAAAUUGUAGUAAUCGGCCAUUUCGAAGGGAAAAACAAAUCAGGAUUGUCAAGACUGAGUUUUGUGGAUGGGGAGUUGAGGCUGUUGAAACAAUUGAGAAAGGAGAGUUUAUAAUUGAGUAUAUUGGAGAAGUUAUUGAUGAUGCUUUAUGUGAACAAAGGCUUUGGGACAUGAAAUAUAAGGGUGUGCAGAAUUUUUAUAUGUGUGAGAUUCGGAAAGACUUCACAAUAGAUGCAACUUUCAAAGGAAAUACAUCACGCUUUUUAAACCAUAGCUGUGAUCCGAAUUGUGUUUUGGAGAAGUGGCAAGUAGAUGGUGAAACACGCAUUGGUGUAUUUGCUGGUCGUUCAAUAGAAGUUGGAGAGCCAUUGACAUACGAUUACAGCUUCCAACAGUAUGUAGAGCUUGAACUCCCAAUUUACUCGUCGAGAAUCUUCCAACAGUGACCCAUAUUGUGUCUAAAGGACUUUCAGCAACUUCUCCAAGUGAUUUGAGAGAUGCAUGCUCACAUACCUCAUACUUCAACAAGCUUGAUGAAGUUUCAGUCUUCCGUGCUCUCUGAGUACCCCACAUGGUUUGGUCUCUGACACUAUAAUUAAGUCUCUUUUCGCGACAUGCUUGCCUGAGACGAAAACACCUAUGGUGUUUACACUCUCGGGUCUUCUCUGCUCCGUGUUAACUACAUCCACUUUCUACUGACAAAGAAAAUUCGUCCAAAGUAUCGGCUUGCAGUUUCGUCACUUUGGGAUGUGACGAGUGAUUUUCUCCUUCUUUGACAUGCUCAUCUUCGAAGUCGGAAGGCUUCUCAACAUCACCUUCGACGUUGCUCGUCCCACUCUGCGGCUUUUGCAUCGCCAUCAACAUGGUAAAAAGCUUGUUGAAAUUCUCGUCCAUUUUAGCGGCAAACUUUUCCAACUUCGUUUGAAUUUCGUUCAAGCUAACCUAUGUGUUAGCAAUCUUCUCAUCCAACAUGCUGACUCGAGCCUCCAUGGUAUUUGUGUUCUUUUUAUUUUUAUUUUUUAUGGUGGCAGUUUGGGGUGAAUGGGUUGUUUGUGUUUUGUUCAGUUUCUGAAUGUACUGCUUAUUCUAGUGUGGUUGUGAAUCAGUUUUGGUUGGCUAAGGAUUCUAUCUCCCUACUUGUUACUAUUUGCAGAAAUCUAGGGAGGCAAAAAAUUAGGAACUCAGUUAUGUUCAGAAAGAUAUGGAUCCAUUUACGAAUUAAAAAUUAGGGCGAGAAAAGAUAGGGUUUCAGUUAUGUUGUUUCAGGAAGAUAGGGGUUUGGUUGCUGUUUGAGAACAAAUAGGGAGUCAGUUAUUCAAAAUUUCUAGAUAUGGCUUGUGAGUGAAAGGAGAAGGUUCGAAGGUUGGCUUAGGUUUCUGACUGGUUUUGAUUCUUGGAUGACGGAAUAGAGGAGGCAGUGAUACUCUAAUCUGGUAGGUCGGACCAAUUUGAUAGGAACCAGUGGAUCCUAACGGGCCACUUACUAAUAAUCUACUUAAACCUAAUUCACUACCUAUUAAUUACUUAAAACACCCUCUCAUACUAGAUCCUAACAUAAUUCAUGUGUUACACAGUUGAGCUAUGUCAUUUAUAUGCUGAAACAUUAAAUGAAUAGAAAUGUCAAUGCUAUCGUAUUUAUAAUAUUUAUACCAUUACCAAGUUUGAUACAUAUAUAGUUUAUAUUGAGGGCUUCUCAUAAACUUAGUGAAAACAUCUGUCAAUUGAUCAUUUGAACCAACAAAGCUAGUGGUCAUGUAUCUUGAUAAAUAUUCUCUCCAAUAAAAUGACAAACUCAACAUGCUUAGUUUUCUCAGGAAGUGCUGGAUUUGAGGAGCAAUGUGAAAAUCAACUUGAUUAGGACAGAUGUGUGUCAUCUAUAUAACCUAUCAGAAUCCAAGCUCCUUAAGUAACUGUUUAAGCCACAUGAGCUCAUAUGUAGCUGAUGCUAUGGCUUGAUAUUGUGUUUCAGCAUUAGACUGUGCUACAACAUUCAACUUCUUACUUUUCUAGGAGAUAAGGUUGCCCAAUCAGCAUUUGAAUAUCCUGCAACUUGAGGAUGACCCUUGUUUUCCUAAAUAAGAACUUUCCCCGAAGCUUCUCGAAUGUACUUUGCGAUAUGAACUGACAUCCCAACAUCUUUCUUAUGGUCAGUUAAGAAGUUGACUUACCAUACUUAUAAUGAUAUAAUUUAGUUUGCACACCAAUCUUUGGUAUCAUCUUAGGAUCUAAUUUAGUUUGCCAACCAAUCUAUGCAUUAGGAUCCAUAGAAGUGUUAACACGUUAAACAUUUAUCAAACUUAUUUACUCUAGAAUGUCCAUGGAUACCUCCUCUAAGAAAUUACAAUACAAUCCUUGGAUUGUGCUACCUCUAAGAAGUAUCAAAGCCUGUCAAGUUCUUGUCAGAAAAUGGAGGCAAAGAAGUUGUUUAUCUAUGCAGUACCAUGAUAAUCAUUCCUUGUAAUGUCAAUGUUGUCAAAUACACAGCCAAGUAAAUACAUUCUCUGGUCGAAUGUCAGUAGAAGACCAAGUGAUCUACUCACUUUGUGUCGUGUCAAACUGUUGAGUAAUAUUGGUAAUUGUUUUUUUUUAAGUGCUAGACUGGAAGUGGUUUUGGUGAGGAAGUAAUAUUGCUAAUCUACUAAGUCAUACUCUAAGAGACUGUUUAAGGCCAUUGGCGAGGACAACAAACUUGCAAAAAAACUCCCCUGAGAAACAAAUCUAGAAGGUUACACCAUUUAAACUUCUUGAUUUAAUGAGUGAAAGCAUU